AUGGGAUUUAGAGUAAUCCUUGUGGCUGUUAUGGGCUUGGGUGCCAUGUAUAUGAUGCAUCUACUUGCUCAGGAUUGGAACAGAAUACGUCCUAUUCAAGGAAUAACAAAUCUAGCUGGACAGGCUACUUCACAAUUGCAGGGUAUAGCCACACAAGCUGGUUCCGGUUUGCAGAGCAUCGCUAGUUUAGCCGGACGUGCCAGUGCCAGUGCCUUUAAUCGUGGCAAACGCAGCACUAGACAGGAACUUUAUGCCCGUGGACUUCGUCCUCAUCCCACAGUCGAUUGGAAGCGCAUUCUAUCACGUGAUCCUUUCGAGUGCCUGCAAUCUCUGAUCUGUCAAUUAAUGUCGGGAGCAGAACAAAGUUCACCCGAAGCUGAGUUAUUAAUGGAUUUCCUUGAAUCCUCAGUGGAAAUGGCUCCAGCGAAGAUUGGACGAGCCUUUAGUCGGGGCUUGGCUCUGCGUGGCUCCACCGAAAGCUGCUACAACGAGUAUCCAUUCUGUUUGUAUUCGGCCAAGACCAUGUUACGCAUUCUGCGUUGGUUUAGCGAAAGCGAAAUUAAGGUCCUGCCCGACGACGAAGAGUAG